AGGCGGCACGCCAAACGAGGGCUCUCUUGCUCGCUUGACAGCUCACGUGAACAGGUUCAUAGUGAAGGGUUCCGACGCUAUCCUGCACUGUAGCUUUUAUUUCGAAAACUCCGUAGCGGAAGUGUGCGACUAUUUUAAAAACAAAAACAAACAAAAAAAAAAAAGUAAAGCUUGUUUGGCGUGUGUAGGGCACCGGGUCUUGUAAAACAAAAACACGUUUUUUUGUUUUCUUCCUCCCCUCCCCGCCCCCUCCUGAGUAAAUCCGAUUUAGGUCCCUCUCUUCCCACACGAAUACAGAGAGAAACUCUUGUCUUGACAGAGAGUUCCUUUAAAAAAAAAAAAAAAAAAAAUCGGGGUUUUGUUGUGGCGCUGGGGGUGGCUUGACACGACUUAUCCGAGUCGUUGCUUUGUUUGGAAUAUGGCUCAGUCAAAUCCUGGAGCCAGUUCUCAGAAAGCACUCAUGCUGGAGAUGAAAAGUCUCCAGGACGAGCCGGUGGAGGGCUUCAAAAUCACUCUGGUCACGGAGUCGGACAUGUACAACUGGGAAGUGGCGAUAUUUGGACCGCCGAACACUCACUACGAGGGCGGAUAUUUUAAGGCCUUGCUCAAGUUCCCAGUAGACUACCCAUACUCUCCGCCUUCUUUCCGUUUCCUCACCAAAAUGUGGCACCCUAACAUUUACGAGAACGGAGAAGUGUGCAUUUCGAUCUUGCACCCGCCAGUGGACGACCCCCAUAGUGGUGAGCUGCCCUCAGAGCGGUGGAACCCUACGCAGAAUGUCAGGACCAUCCUGCUCAGCGUCAUCUCCCUGCUUAACGAGCCCAACACCUUCUCCCCGGCCAACGUGGAUGCCUCCGUCAUGUACCGCAGGUGGAGGGAGAGCAAGGGCGAGGACCAGGAAUAUAUUGACAUCAUCAGGAAGCAGGUACUAGCCACCAAAAGCGAAGCGGACCUCGACGGCGUCAAGGUUCCCAUCACUCUGGACGAGUACUGCAUCCGUACCAAAGUGCCGCCCACGGAUGACGGCUCCAACCUGCUGUACGAUGAUGACUUUGAUGAAAACGGCAUGGAGUUAAAAAGCGACUCCUCCAGGGACAUUUGCCUCGACGACGACAACUCGGAUGACAGCUCCAACCUGCUGGACGAUGAUUACUUUGAUGAAAACGGCAUGGAGUACAAGUGCGACUCGUACAGGGACAUUCGAAUGGACGACGACGACGACGACGACUCGGAAUGAAUUCUCCUACCACUUCUAUCUCCGCUGAUCAUUUACCUUCCUGUCUCGUGAACUCACCAAUGUUUGUCUUUUUUUUUUUUAAGCUCUUGUUGUUUUAGCCCCCUACCGCACCCUCACCUCUUCAUUUUCUUCAACCUGCCCUCUCACCAUCAGGGAACAUGUGAGGUGUGAUUAGAUUGAGCCAGCUGUUUAUUUGGGGGGGAAGCCCUGCCACCUUUUUGGGGCAAAAUCCCUCUCGUGCCUACUGUGCCUCCCCAGCUCUUCGCUGGGUACACAACUCGCCAGGUGGAUAUGUUUGUGGCUCGUAUUUGAAGCAAGUGUCCGUUCCAGUUUGUGCCCAAUCUUACCUUUCCUACUUGGUGUUUCGAUGCAAUAUUUCAAGGCCUUUCAGCCCGGACACCGACCAGAGAUCCAAAACAAGAUGUUUAUUGCAAUAACCAACCCAAACAAGCUGCAAUUUUAUUCAAAAUGCAAGGGACCCCUCAGGGUGGAAAAAAAAAAAACAUCCCUCUGGCUCACGUACAAUUUAUGCAUGUGGAUAUUUUGAAUGAUGAGUGAUUUUUUGUUUUUCUUAGUUUGUGAAAAGAUAAAGAAAAUAAAGAUCUUUAUAAAAUUUAAA